UCCUAUCCCCUUCACUUUUGUUUCCACAGUACAAGCCACCAUUUUUUCUUCCUUUUCUUCUCUUUUAAACUCACUCCGUCUCUCUCUCUCUCUCUCAUGCUCCCUCACUCAUAAACUCAUUCAUGGCAAUGGCCACGGUUCACAAGUGGCUCACUCAUUUCUACGACACCAAAAAAUGCAGCAACAUCCUCGUACCUCUUGGUUCCAAGGGACAGCAAUCCAUGUACUUCCUCCACUAUCAUAGACCCCAUCAUAGAUGCUACCUUUCAAUGAACGGUUGCAGAGAGGGACAACACCAACAUGCAAGAACAAGGAACAACCCUGUUGGGACCAUAGAAACCAGAACCUUGGCAGCAGUUGCAUCACCUGCAAUGGCUAUGUACAGCCUCAACAUGGCCAUUUCGGAGCUUAAAUCGGAUGCUCUGUUUGGUACCUCUUCGGGCAUUGUAAGGGUGCAGGUUCCAAUUGAAGAGCAAGUUGAAGCCAUUGAUUGGCUCCAUUCGCAGAACCAUCUUCUGCUUCCUCGCUGCUUCUUCUUUGGAAGGAAACAGUGCAGUAGUCCCUGCUGCAUUAAUGGUGAAGAAAAGUUGGUCAGUGUUGCUGGGGUUGGUUCAGCUGUUUUCUUUUCCCAGCCACAUCCAUUUUCCUACUGGGAUUGGAUAUCUAUAAGAAGGUUUCUUUCUGAGAGAUGCCCUUUAAUCCGUGCAUAUGGAGCUAUCCGUUUCAAUGCAAAAGCUAAGGUGUCAUCAGAGUGGCUGGCUUUUGGUUCUUUCUACUUCAUGAUUCCUCAGGUUGAGUUCAUUGAGCUUGAAGGAGGAUCAAUGCUUACCAUAACUAUUGCCUGGGAUAAUGAUCUUUCUUGGUCAUGGGAAAAUGCGAUCAAUGCACUCCAAGAAACACUUUGCAAAGUUUCUUCUUCCAUUGUGAAGUUUCCAAAACAAACUCCUCCAACCUUAAUAUCAAGCAGCCAGAACAUUCCUAGUAAAGUAGACUGGGAUCUUGCUGUUAAUAGAGCUUUGCAGAUGAUAGGGCAAAAUGAUUCCUUACUAACCAAGGUUGUGCUCGCUCGUAGCACUAGGGUGGUGCCUACUGUUGAUAUUGAUCCUCUUGCAUGGUUAUCUUGCUUAAAGGUUGAAGGUGAAAAUGCUUACCAGUUUUUACUUCAACCACCAAAUGCACCAGCAUUUAUAGGAAACACACCAGAGCAACUAUUUCACAGAAAAUGUCUCCACAUUACUAGUGAGGCUUUGGCUGGAACCCGUGCUAGAGGAGCAUCACAAGCACUAGAUCUUCAAAUCGAACUUGACUUACUUACCAGUCCAAAGGAUGACAUUGAGUUUACUAUAGUGAGAGAAACCAUAAGAAGAAAAUUAGAGGCAGUAUGUGAAAAGGUUGUAAUCAAGCCAGAGAAAAUGAUUAGAAAACUCUCCAGGAUUCAACAUUUAUAUUCUCAAUUAUCUGGCAGGUUAAGAAGUGAAGAAGAUGAGUUUGAAAUUUUGUCAUCUCUUCACCCGAGUCCAGCAGUUUGUGGGUUUCCAACAGAAGAGGCACAACUUUUAAUUGCAGAUGCAGAAGUAUUUGAUCGAGGGAUGUAUGCUGGACCUGUUGGUUGGUUUGGAGGAGGAGAGAGCGAGUUUGCGGUUGGCAUCAGGUCAGCAUUGGUGGAAAAGGAUCUUGGUGCUUUUAUAUAUGCUGGGACAGGGAUAGUGGAAGGAAGCAAUCCUUACUUGGAGUGGGAUGAGCUAGAACUCAAGACAUCUCAGUUCACCAAGUUGCUCAAGCUUGACUUGCUUCGGAGACAAAAAGUAGAUUGUAAAUGAGCUCCAUCAACAGAUACGUUUUGCCACAUGAAGUUUGAGAUUAUGCUAUUUCCUUUGGGUAUCCUACCCUCGUCGUGUCAGCGUGGCAUAUACUGGCUUAAUAAAUUUGGUAAUUAUGAGGAUAUGGUUUGAUUUGUUGGCUCAUUUGAAAAGAUUCAACAAAACUAGUCAAUUUGUAUAUGGGUUAAAUACAAUUUUUUCCCCUAAUACUUGUAUUGUGUUAGGGAUUUACUCUUAUGGUAUAUCAAAAGCAUCAUUAUGUAAAAUUGUAUUUGGGCACACCAUAUGGGUUAAAUCAAGGUGCUUGCGAGUACUUGAAGUACUUCAAUAAGUUAUUUAUCUUUCAUAUCAGAAAAAUUACCCACCGAUGCAGUAUUUUGUUUGAUUAAAGAAAUUCAAAAUACUACCA